UUAGUUUUUUUGGAAAGGACGGGCUGUAACAUUGAAUCAAUUACUGGUCGCUGUAGCUCAAGCACAUUGUGAGCGCGGCAGUGGACGCAGACGGAGGGGCGCACAUAUGCUAGCUCUCACAGUGAAGGAUCGUGGCCAUAGGAUUACUACCACUGCAACACAAUUGAGUAGAGGAGCCUUCACUGAGGCGACCGGAGCGCUUUUAUGCUCCUGAUUUCAUUCUAUUGGGAUUUUAAAUCAAGACACAUAAUCCAAGGGAAUUUAAGAGCAGAAUUAACCAUCCGUGACCAUGGAUGAAAUGAAGACAUGUCUCAUCAUUGGGGUUUUCUUGUUUGGGUUGUUAUCAGUUACCCGCGGGCUGGCCACACCGACCAUUGUAUCAACUGAAGAUGAGUUUGUUCUCGAGCCGCUCUCCGUGUUCAACAUCAGCUGCACUGGUAAAAGGAACGUUGCUUGGGUCGAGCCCCUACCGGACGACACAUUCGUUUUGCCUGGAUAUUACACCUCCACGCUCUUCAUCUACAACGCUUCUGUGACACACACCGGAUAUUACUCCUGCAAAUACCAAGACAAAGAGGGCGAUGAAGAGGUGGAUGGCGUAGCCAAUGAUGCGUUCAUAUACGUUUUCGUCCCAGAUCCUGAGAUUCCAUUUGUGCCCGAGGAGCCAGAUCGCAUGCUUGUCCCAGUCUAUCCCAAUAGAACCAUCAUCCCAUGCAGGGUGUCAGACCCUCAAUCCCAGGUGGUCCUAAAGAGCGCUCCCAGUGGAGUAGAGGUGGACGCAGUUUAUAAGAACAAGAUCGGCUUCAUUGGCAACCUGGACGCUGGAUUGUACAUCUGUGAGACCACCGUGAACAGCAUGACAAUUACGAGUGACACUUACACCGUGGAGGCCAACAAACAGAUGGAGAACGUCCAUGUGGAGGUGAAGGCCAGCGAAGAGUCAGUGAGACUGGGGGAACCCUUCAACAUCACCUGUGUGGCACCUCCAGGACUGCCCAACCAGCAGCAGUGGCUCCACCCCAGGAAACAGGCUGUGGAUGCAGUCCAGAUGAAACAGACUCUGCCUGAUAGAGUGGUCUACACCCUCAGUAUCCCAGCAGCCACCUCUCAGGACAGUGGGGUGUAUGAGUGCUCCAUCACCAACAACUUCAGUGGAGAGAUCAGAGCCAACAGGGUGGCUGUCACUGUCUUUGAAGAGAACACCUUUGUGAUGUUGGACCACAGUGGGAUUGGAGUGGUGGAGUUUGUCAGUAUGAUGGAGGAGACAGAGUUCACUAUCAGUAUUGAAGCCUUCCCUGCUCCUAAAGUCACCUGGCUGAAAGAUGGCAUCGCCAUCACUGAGAACAGCUACUUCCUCACCAAGACCAGCCGUCUGGAGGGGAACAAACAUCAGAGCACUCUGACUCUUCGGCAGCCACUAGAGGAGGACAGUGGUAACUACACCAUCAUGGUCCUCAGCAUCCCUCACACUGCCCAGUUCUCCUUCACCCUCAAAGUGAAAGCCUCAGCCCCAGUGCUGUUCCAGCCAGCCUCAGCUCCGAUGCUGAUCCCCCAGAGAGAGGAGAUGGUUGUUCCCCUCCACACCCCCUUCACUCUGACUUGCAGGGGCGAGGCCGAGCUGGCCUGGGACACGCCCGUCUACCUAUCAGAGCAGACAGAGGAGGACAACAGCGGCCUGUUCGUCACCACAGUUACCGUAGAGAACGCCACUGCGGCAAACACUGGUUUCUACACCUGCUUCUACAACGGAGGGAACUCCACUGAGGAGGGAGAGGACAGCAGCAUCUACAUAUAUGUGCCAGAUCCAGAGGUGCCCUUUGUCCCCUCUCUGGUGCCCUUUGGCAACCACGUCCUGAAUGGUCAUGAUGAGAUGGAGAUCCAGUGUCGCGUGUCAGACCCCAGUGCCAAUGUGACCCUGGUCAACACUGAUACCCAGCAGGCCGUGCCCAUGACUGUCUACGACAGCAAGAGGGGCGCCGUGGGCUUCUUCAGUGCAGGAACCUAUGUCUGCAAGGCCCUCGUCAAUGGAGAGGAGCACCUCAGUGAGGAGUACAUCGUCCACGGCUGGGCAGGGGGGUCGGAGCUGCGUGUGGAGCUGAAGGCCCUGAAGACUGCUCUCUUGGUGGGAGACACCAUCACUGUCACCUGUGUGGCCCGGGGGUCUGAGAUACUGGAAGACCACUGGAAGUACCCUGGAAAACUGGUGAACCGUGGCUUGAAGUCGGUGCGUGAGAAUAAGAGGGACCAGGAGAUCCAGUACAUCAUGACUGUCCCCCAGGCCUCAGCCAAAGACAGCGGCAUCUACGCCUGCUCCAUUACUGACAUCAUCAGCAAUGAGAGCCAGACCAAGGAGCUGGCCAUCACUGUCUAUGAGAGCCCAUUUGUGUCGCUGCGCCCUGUGUUCAGUUCUCAGGAGUCAGCAGACCUGGAUGAGAGCAGAGAGUUCCGGGCCGACAUCGACUCAUUCCCCAGCGCCCAGGUCACAUGGCUCAAAGAUGGCCUCCCCCUCAACUAUGUGGCGGCUGAGAUAACCAACAGCCUCCAGCAGCUCAGCGAGACCAGGUACCUGAGUGUUCUGACCCUGAUCCGGGCCAAGGAGGAGGACAGUGGGAACUACACCAUCAGAGUGCAGAACGGGAACCAGACCCACAGCCACAGCUUCAGCCUGCAGGUCAAAGUACCUGCAGUCAUUGUGGACCUGAUGGACCUCCACCAUGGCUCAGCCUCAGGCCAGUCUGUAGUGUGUAUCGCUGGAGGCAUGCCCACUCCUGAGGUGGAGUGGUUCAUCUGCAAGAACAUAAAACACUGCGCCAAUGACUCAUCUCAGUGGGUGCCCCUGCCAACAAACGACACAGAUAUCACUGUGGAAGCGCAUUUUGAUCAGGACAACCAGCUGGAGAGCCAGGUGAUCUUCGUGCGUCUUGAGAACACUCUGUCCGUCCGCUGCCUGGCCAGGAACGAGAUGGCCGCCGUCAGCAGGGAGGUGAAGCUGGUGUCACAAGGCCCCCACUCCGAGCUGCCUGUAACUGCUGCUGUUUUGGUGCUGCUGGUCAUUGUCAUCAUCUCACUCAUUGUCCUGGUCAUUAUCUGGAAACAGAAGCCUCGCUAUGAGAUCCGCUGGAGGGUGAUAGAGUCAGUGAGCCCUGAUGGCCAUGAGUACAUCUACGUUGACCCCAUGCAACUGCCCUAUGACUCCAGAUGGGAGUUCUCUCGCGAUGGGCUCGUACUGGGUCGAGUUCUGGGCUCUGGGGCAUUUGGGAAGGUGGUGGAGGGAACUGCAUAUGGACUCAGCCGCUCCCAGCCCGUCAUGAAGGUGGCUGUGAAGAUGCUGAAACCCACGGCCCGUUCCAGUGAGAAACAGGCCCUGAUGUCAGAGCUGAAGAUCAUGACUCACCUGGGCCCUCACCUCAACAUCGUCAACCUGCUGGGGGCCUGCACCAAGUCAGGCCCCACCUACAUCAUCACUGAGUACUGCUUCUAUGGAGACCUGGUCAACUACCUGCACAAGAACAGAGAGAACUUCCUCAGCUUGCACUCAGAGAAGACCAAGAAAGACCUGGACAUCUUUGGCAUAAACCCUGCAGACGAGAGCAGCAGGAGCUAUGUGAUCCUGUCCUUUGAAAGUGGUAAAGGGGACUACAUGGAAAUGAAGCAGGCAGACACCACGCAGUACGUGCCCAUGCUGGAGAUGAGUGAUGCCUCCAAGUACUCCGACAUCCAGAGGUCUGAAUAUGACCACCCACCAUCACAGAAGGGUGAUAAUGAGAUGGACAGCCUGCUGUCAGAAGACGGCAAUGAGGGCCUCAGCACCACAGAUCUGCUCAGCUUUACCUACCAGGUGGCCAGAGGCAUGGAGUUCCUGUCCUCUAAGAACUGUGUGCAUCGUGACCUGGCUGCUAGGAACGUCCUGCUCUCUCAGGGGAAGAUAGUGAAGAUCUGUGACUUUGGCCUGGCCAGAGACAUCAUGCAUGACAACAACUAUGUCUCCAAAGGCAGUACCUUCCUGCCAGUGAAGUGGAUGGCUCCUGAGAGUAUCUUUGACAACAUGUACACCACCCUCAGUGAUGUCUGGUCCUACGGCAUCCUCCUCUGGGAGAUUUUCUCUCUAGGUGGCACCCCAUACCCAGGGAUGGUAGUGGACUCCAGCUUCUACAACAAGAUCAAGAGUGGCUACAGGAUGGCCAAACCUGAGCACGCCCCCGCUGAUGUGUAUGAGAUGAUGAUAAAGUGUUGGAACAGUGAGCCUGAGAAGAGGCCUUCCUUCCUCAGCCUGAGUGAGAGUGUGGCUUCACUGCUGCCCUCCGGCUACAAGAGGUGCUUCGAGAGGGCAAGCCAUGAGUUCCUGAAGAGCGACCAUCCAGCAGUGACCAGGGUCCAGGUGGAGAGUGAUGACACCUACAUUGGGAUCACCUAUAAGAGUCAGGACAAGUUGAAGGACAGGGAGAGUGGCUUCGACGAGCAGCGCCUCAGCUCUGACAGCGGUUACAUUAUCCCCCUCCCCGACCUGGACCCUCUGUCUGAUGAUGAGUACGUCAAGAGGAACCGCCACAGCUCUCAGACAUCUGAAGAGAGUGCCAUAGAGACAGGCUCCAGCUUCACUCUGGCUAAGAGAGAAGGCGAGACCCUGGAGGACAUCAGCCUGUUGGAUGAGAUGUGUUUGGACUCAGAGCUGGUGGAAGACAGUUUCCUGUGAAAGGCCUGGAGAAGCCAAAAGCCUGCUAAAGAGAGGGAGAGAGGGGGGAGAAACACACCUGAACACAGACUCUCAGACCACCCAAAGACCCCUCCUCGCAACCCCCUAUCUCGAACCCUCCUCAUCCUCCGCCCAUACACCUCCAUGCCUCUCAGGAGGACAGAGCAAAACCACUUCACUGCUUGGACGAGUCUGUGGCCAGAUCAUGGUACGCCUGCCGUUUUCCUCACCAGACUGACAGCACCCCUUGUGGGGCUGGAGGGACGAGCAGCAUGGAUGGAUGCUACACUAAUGACUCAUCACUACCAUGUGGUUACAGAGUCUCUAUGGAACGGUAGUGUUGGAUGGGAAUAAGAGCAAAUGAGGAGAACAUGGAGGAAGAUUUUUAUAUAAACAUAUAAAACCUUAUUGUAAUGGGCAUUCCAAACAGCAUCAUAAGCAAGGAUGGAUGGAGGGAUCAGAAUGCAUCAGGCGUGAAAGUCAAAGACCCAGAAUGACGGGCAGUUUAUCUCAGCCAUGCAGAACCACUACAGACAGACCCACUAUUUAAACCACAUCACACCAGUGCCAGCAAACAGAUCAGUAUGAGGCCAGCUACACAACAGACGGCUUUACUUCACAACCCACCUACCUGCAGAAUAUGUACUACAGUAUAUCUGAUGCUGGCACAAUCAGUAGCAAUACACUGAUUAAAAAACAUGUUUUUGUAUUUGCCCAUAUGGCAUAUGUUGUCAAUAGCAGUACAAACAUGUUUUUUUUUGCCUGGUUGAAUAACCAGGCAAGUCAGCUAUAUAUAUAUAUAACUGACUUGCCUGGUCAGUUAAAAUAACAAAUUCUUAUUUACAAUGAUGGCCUAACCCGGCACUGAAUUACAGUUCAUAUAAGAAAAUCUGUCAAUUUCAAUGAGUUGAUUAGGCUCUAAUCUAUGGAUUUCACAUGGGUGGGCCUGGGAGGGCAUAGGCCCACCCACUUGGCAGCUUGGCCCACCCACUGGGGAGCCAGGCCCAAUCAAUCAGAACGUUUUCCCCACAAAAGGGCUUUAUUACAGACAUAAAUACUCCCCCCCCCCCCUCUCAGACUAUCCUGCAGGUGGAGAAGCCAGAUGUGGAGGUCCUGAGCUGGCGUGGCUACACAUGUUCUGCGGUUGUGAGGCCGGUUGAACGUACUGCCAAAUUCUCUAAAAAACGUUGGAGGCAGUUUAUGGUAGAGAAAUUAACAUUCAAUUCUCUGGCAACAACGCUGGUGGACAUUCCUGCAGUCAGCAUGCCAAUUGCACGCUCCCUUAAAACUUGAGACAUCUGUGGCAUUGUGUUGUGACAAAACUGCUCAUUUUAAAGUGGCCUUUUAUUGGCCCCAGCACAAGGUGCACCUGUGUAAUGGCCAUGCUGUUUAAUCAGCUUCUUGAUUUUCCACACCUUUCAGGUGGAUAGAUUAUCUUGGCAAAGGAGAAAUGCUCACUAACAGUGACGUAAACAAAUUUGUACACAAACAUUUGAAAAAAAUAACCUUUUUGUGCGUAUGGAACAUUUCUGGGAUUUUUUAUUUCCGCUCAUGAAACAUGGGACCAACACUUUACAUGUUGCAUUUAUAUUUUUGUACACACUAUAUAUACAAAAGUAUGUGGACAGCCCUUCAAAUUAGUGUAUUCGGCUAUUUCGGCCACACCAGUUCCUGACAGGUAUCAAAUCUAGUACACAGCCAUGUAAUCUCCAUAGACAAACAUUGGCAGUAGAGUGGGCUUACUGAAGAGCUCAGUGACUUUCAACGUGGCACCGUUAUAGCUGUCCCGGUAACUGUAAGUGCUGCUAUUGUGAAGUGGAAACGUGUAGGAGCAACAACGGCUCAGCCGCGAAGUGGUAAGCUACACAAGCUUACAGAAUGGGACUGCAGAGUUCUGAAGCGCAUAGCGCGUAAAAUCGUCUGUCCUCGGUUGCCACAUUCACUACUGAGUUCCAAAAUUGCCAUUGGACUCUGGAGCAAUAGAAAUGCGUUCUCUGGAAUGAUGAAUCAUGCUUCACCAUCUGGCAGUCCAACGGGCGAAUCUGGGUUUGGUGGAUGCCUGGAGAAUGCUACCUGCCCCAAUGUGUAGUGCCAACUAUAAAGUUGGAUGAGGAAUAAAGAUCUGGGGCUGUUUUUCAUGCUUCAGGCUAAGCUCUUAGUUCCAGUGAAGGGAACUCUUAACGCUACAGCAUACAAUGACAUUCUAGACAAUUCUGUGCUUCCAACUUUGUGGCAAAGGUUUCGGGAAGGCCCUUUCCUGUUUCAGCAUGACAACACCCCAUGCACAAAGCGAGGUCCAUACAGAAAUGGUUUGUUGAGAUCGGUGUGGAAAAACUUGAGUGGCCUGCACAGAGCCCUGACCUCAAUCCAAUCGAACAUCUUUCGGAUGAAUUGGAACACAGACUGAGAGCCAAGCCUAAUCGCCCAAAAUCAGUGCCCGACCUCACUAAUACUCUUGUGGCUGGAUGGAAGCAAGUCCCCGCAGCAAUGCUCCAACGUCUAGUGGAAAGCCUUCCCAGAAGAGUAGAGGCUGUUAUAGCAGGAAAGGGGGGACCAACUCCAUAUUAAUGCCAUUAUUUUGUAAUGAGAUAUUCACAUACUUUUGUAGUGUAGUGUGUGUAUUUAUAUAUCAAAUUGUAUUUGUCACGUGCCCGAAUACAACAGGUAGACCUUACAGACCUUACAGUGAAAUGCUUACUUACAAGCCCUAAACCAACAAUGCAGUUAAAAAAUAAAUAAAAGUAACAAAUAAUAUAAUUAAAGUGCAGCAGUAAAAUAACAAUAGCGAGGCCAUAUAUAGGGGGUACAGAGUCAAUGUGCGGGGGGGGGGGGGCACCGGUUAGUCGAUGUAAUUGAGGUAAUAUGUAAACUCAGCAAAAAAAGUCCUCUCACUGUCAACUGCGUUUAUUUUCAGCAAACCUGACGUUUAUUUUCAGCAAAUGUGUAAAAUAUUUGUGUGAACAUAAGAUUCAACAACUGAGACAUAAACUGAACUAUUUCCACAGACAUGUGACUAACAGAAAUGGAAUAAUGUGUCUCUGAACAAAGGGAGGGUCAAAAUCAAAACAGUCAGUAUCUGGUGUGGCCACCUGCUGCAUUAAGUACUGCAGUGCAUCUCCUCCUCAUGGACUGCACCAGAUUUGCCAGUUCUUGCUGUGAGAUGUUACCCCACUCUUCCACGAAGGCACCUACAAGUUCCCAGACAUUUCAAGGGGGAAUGGCCCUAGCCCUCACCCUCCGAUCCAACAUGUCCCAGACAUGCGCAAUUGGAUUGAGAUCCGGGCUCUUUGCUGGCCAUGGCAGAACACUGACAUUCCUGUCUUGCAGGAAAUCACGCUCAGGGCGAGCAGUAUGGCUGGUGGCAUUGUCAUGCCGGAGGGUCAUGUCAGAAUGAGCCUGCAGGAAACGUACCACAUGAGGGAGGAGGAUUUCUUCCCUGUAACUCACAGCGUUGAGAUUGCCUGCAAUGACAACAAGCUCAGUCCGAUGAUGCUGUGACACACCGCCCCAGACCAUGACAGACCCUCCACCUCCAAAUCGAUCCCGCUCCAUAGUACAGGCCUUGGUGUAACGCUCAUUCCUUUGACGAUAAACGCGAAUCCGACCAUCACCCCUGGUGAGACAAAACCGAGACUCGUCAGUGAAGAGCACUUUUUGCCAGUCCUGUCUGGUCCAGCGAUGGUGGGUUUGUGCCCAUAGGCAACGUUGUUGCCAGUAAUGUCUGGUAAGGACCUGCCUACCCCUAUCAGUCCAGGCUCUAUCAGCCUAUUGCGGACAGACUGAGCACUGAUGGAGGGAUUGUGCGUUCCUGGUGUAACUCAGGCAGUUGUUGUUGCCAUCAUGUAUCUGUCCCGCAGGUGUGAUGUUUGGAUGUACUGAUCCUGUGCAGGUGUUGUUACACGUGGUCUACAACUGCGAGGAUGAUCAGCGGUCCGUCCUGUCUCCCUGUACCGCUGUCUUAGGCGACUCACAGUACGGACAUUGCAAUUUAUUGCCCUGGCCACAUCUGCAGUUCUCAUGCCUCCUUGCAGCAUGCCUAAGGCACGUUCACGCAGAUGAGAAGGGACCCUGGGCAUCUUUUUUUUGUGUUUUUCAGAGUCAGUAGAAAGGCCUCUUUAGUGUCCUAAGUUUUCAUAACUGUGACCUUAAUUGCCUACCGUCUGAAAGCUGUUAGUGUCUUAACGACCGUUCCACAGGUGCAUGUUCAUUAAUUGUUUAUGGUUCAUUGAACAAGCAUGGGAAACAGUGUUUAAACCGUUUACAUUGGAUUUUACGAAUUAUCUUUGAAAGACAGGGUCCUGAAAAAGGGAUGUUUCUUUUUUUGCUGAGUUUACAUGUAGGUAGAAUUAUUAAAGUGACUAUGCAUAGUUAAUAACAGAGUAGCGGCAGCGUAAAAUAGGGGUGGCAAUGCAAAUAGUCUGGGUAGCCAUUUGAGUAGAUGUUCAGGAGUCUUAUGGCUUCGGGGUAGAAGCUGUUUAGAAGCGUCUUGGACCUAGACUUGGCGCUCCGGUACCUCUUGCCGUGCGGUAGCAGAGGACAGUCUAUGACUUGGGAGCGAGGAAGUCUUUGACAAUUUUUAGGGCCUUCCUCUGACCCCUGGUAUAGAGGUCCUGGAUGGCAGGACGCUUGGUCCCAGUGAUGUACUGGGCCGUACACACUAGCGCUCAACCUGCUCCACUACAGCCUGACGAUUAGAAUGGGGGAGUGCUCGGUCCUCGUUUUCCUUUAGUCCACAAUCAUCUCCUUUGUCUUGCUCAUAUUGAGGAAGAGGUUGUUGUCCUGGCACAACUGCCAGGUCUUUGACCUCCUCACUAUAGGCUGUCUCAUUAAUAUUGGUGAUCAGGCCUACCACUGUUGUGUCAUCGGCAAACUUAUUGAUAGUGUUGAAGUCAUGUCGUGUGUGUGUGUGUGUGUGCGUGCGUGCGUGCGUGCGUGCGUGCGUGAAUAAUGGGUUGAGGAAGGUGAUGAUAUAGUUUUAAUUGAAGAAUACAGCUAUCUUCACCUGGCUUGUAACUUUACCACUCUCCAAAAGACAACAUUUGUACACCAAUAUGUAAACCAAUGUCUCUCUUUCACAUGCAGAGGUAUGUUUAGGAAAGGCCCCAGUUGGAUUGUAAUGUAAAUAGUGGUAGAGUGUUUUUAUAUUUGAGAGAAGAACUGGAGGUAACAUGCCAGUAUUAUAUGCAACUUAUGUGCAGCUCCAUUUGAACAUGUGAAACCCAUCUUUCAACACUCUCGACUCUUUUCUGUAACCAUUAGGAUAUUACAAAAAUAAUAAUAAUAAUACUAUCUGUUACAUCUUGGAAUCUGUCAUUUAUGUACAUUUUGAAAUGGGAAUAUGUUUUAUUCAAAUUGUAAAAUGAACUCAAGCUUAGUAUGAGUGACAUUGAACCUGGGUGAAAAUACAUCUAUGUGUAUUAGUACAGCAUGCAAGAACAUUUUUUUUUCAAGCUUUGAGAUUAUGCCAUUGUAAUAAUAAUAAUGCAUUUAUGUUAAUAAUAAACACAGAGCAUUAUUCGCUGCAGAUAAUGGAAGAGAACCAGAGAGAAAAACCACAUAGUCAUCUGAUUUGGUUGUUUGACAGCUCCUGUGCUUCUCAAAGCCAAGGAGCUGGAAGAAGUACAUCAUCUUCCAAAUCAGAGAGGGCAUUAUGUAUGUGUUGUUGUGAUUUAGCUAAUGUUAUAUCUACAGCCAUGUUGCCGUCCUGUAGAGACAACAGUAGGGUGUUCUAUCCAUGUAAAAUACACUAGUUGAGAUAUAUAACGUGAUGUCAUACAUCAUUAUGUGUAUGUUUAAUGUUUAAUCUUGUAGUAUCUUCUACUAGCGGUCCUCACUGCCUCUCUGUCUGUCUCUAUGGUUGACUGUGCAACCUGGACUCAGGGGUAGACGUAACAUAGUAAAUGCUAUUACAAAACACUUGAUUAGUAUGAUACGUUACGUUUCGUAUGGUAUGUGGUAAUUUGUGGAUGUCCAUUAUCCAAUUCAUAUGACAUGUUAAGAAUUACAAUUCGUAUUCGUACGAUAUGUUACGAAUAUGCAGUUUGUACGUAUUACGAAUUCCAAUUUGUUGUGGCUAAUGUUAACUAGGUGGUUAACAUUAACGAGGUGGCUAACAUUAGCUAGGCAAGGGGUUAGGAGUUAGGUUAAAGGGUUAAGGUUAGCUACCAUGCUAUUUAUUUGCAACGCCCGACCAUCCACCCCGACCAACCGCCCUACGUUCAUACGUAACCUUCUGUCAUAUGUAACCAUACCAAACUUAACAUAUCAUACUAAUUUGGGUAUCCCGGAUUUACAUCUACUAUGUUACGUCUACUCUAUGAGAUCAGGCUGGACUUAGACGUUCUCUGCCAUCACCUUAAAACUGUUGCACUUUUUUCUAUUGUCCUUGUAUUUGAUGUGAGAGGAAGGGCUUGUUUUGGCCCUUGAAGUAUAAUCCAUGGUACAGUAAAUAUAGUUAGUUAGCCCUAAUACUCAGAAGUUAUCCUCGUGUUUCAAUAUGCAUUAUGUACAGUCAGAUGAUUUAUAUUUCAAUAAAUGAUUUAAUAGUG